UUCGACAAUGCUGCACAUCGCGUUCAUAACUGUUGCGGCGCGAUGGACGACGAAUAUUACUCAAAUAUGUCUUCGUCGUCUUCGGUUGACGAUGAGGAGUUUAUUCGCGAGUUUAACGAAUUUCUGCAGUUGAUGUCCAUCGUGCCCCCUGUUGUAUAUAUUUUCAUAAUUGUAAUUGGUAUUAUUGGGAACGUUAUCGUGUUUUACAUCAUUUUUAAACACCAAGAAAUGCGCACGGCGACGAACUAUUUCCUUGCGAACCUAGCAAUGACGGAUAUUGCGCUAUUGUUAUCCUGUGCGUUACCCACUACAUUUAUUUACCGCGGAUGGACAAUUGGGCCCACUGUUUGUCGGAUCAUCAAUUACAUGAUGCUGGUGAGUGUUCAAGCUACUUGUCUUACAUUAGCUAUAAUGUCAAUUGACAGGUAUCGUCUAGUUGUACUGGCAAUACGAUCCAGAAAUACACGCUCCAAAACUAUGGUAAUCAUCAUAGGAAUCAUCACAUGGAUAGUGUCCUUUACAAUACAUAUACCUACUGCAGUUUAUAUGACCAUUAACAGUGAUGGAGUUUGCAUACCUGCCUACCCUUCAGAAUUUCAGAAGAAAGUGUACAUAGCGUUAUCUUCAUGUACUACUUAUUUCUUACCGUUAGCAAGUAUUCUAAUAUGUUAUUUACAAAUUCUUAUUCAAGUUUGGCGCAAAACUUCGCGUGGAACUGAGAGUGCACAGGCUCAUAGAAGAUAUGUACGACGGAGACGCCGGGUGACCCGGAUGGUGUUUACAAUUGUUAUAUUAUUUGCUGUUUGUUGGGCCCCUGCUCAAGCUAUGUUUCUCAUAGACACAUUUCACCCACACGUCAAUGGGGUGUCUUCAUUAAAGGAAUACAAGAUAAAGAGCGUUUUACGUUUUCUGACGUUUUGUCUGGCUUACGCCAACAGUGCCAUGAACCCAAUUGUUUACGGGUUUGCAGUGAGAUGCUUUAGGAAAUAUUUUGUGAAAAUGUUUUUCAUUAAAGUGCCUAUUAAGAAAAAUCAAAGCUGCGUUACAACAAUGCAAGCGAGGAAUGGGAUCUCAACGAAGUUUAGUAGAUACUCAAGUGAAGAUAUGCUUUAAGGAUGUUCGAAACACGUAAACGUUAGUGGCGCUGUUUUGAAAGAUAACUAACGCCACAAUUCAUUAGCUAGUGUUGCCAGAUUUGGCAUCGAUAUGCGUGUGUCGGGUUUCUAGAGACAAAUCGUUUACUACUGCAAGCGUCUCUGAUCUGAUCAAUGCUCUUUAAGUGUUGUAAUUACUGACAUUGAAAGAUGUAUGUACCUUGAGCAAAAUCUUAUAUUAUUAGGCUUAAGUUAAGAGAGAGUCCUACUUCGUUGAGUAACAAUAUUCUGAGCUGUAUGAAAUUUUUAGCAGGUGCUGUUGAAAAUCUUCCAUUUUAUUGACAAGGUGGGUGACAGGAGUUGACACAUCUUCAUACCUUGGAAAUGAUCUCCCUUUAAUACGUCUAACUGUCUAAAUAUAGAGAUUCAUCGUUGAUUAUGUACCUCACUGAUGGAAGUGAAAUAUAUUUUUCGAACGGAAUCGUUGCCACAGAGAAUUUAAUCUAAUUAAUUUAAAAGCAAUUUUAUUAUUAACACUUUCACCCUGCUUUCUUUGGGACAAGUAGGCCUAGGCCUAAUCAUGAGGAAAUGUCAGAGGAAUUCUGUAAAGAGAUGAACUGAGCGGUAUGGCUGCAUUACUAGACUGUACCAAUAUUACUCUUCAAUUUUGGUAAACACUGCAAAAUGUGAUGCUAAUUAAACGGUCACUCCUUAUUACCGUCUGUCGUCAAUGAAUAUAUUGUUCUCGGUCCACUAAUUUAUCGAAGGGCUAAUAUUAUUUCACACGGACUGGCAGUUCUCGCAAACAAUGUGUGUUGGAUGACGUUUUUCAAAAUGUGUAAUAAUUCACAUACCAACAGGACACUACACUUGGUUGUAUCAGGUUGUAUGAUGAGCCUAUAAUCCUUAUAGUAAUUUACGGCAUGCAACCUAUGAAUCUAUCAACCUAUUGAAGAACAACUCUCUGCAAUCAAUUUAUCAUGGUAGAGAUUAUAAUUGAUCAAAUGAUUUUAAACACCAUUUACUUUUUCCAAUAUGUAAAUUUUCUGGUUUGAAGUAGACCUGCAUUCAAUCAGUACAAUUCAACUUUAUUUCGGAAUAUUUAAAUUCAUAGACCUACAUUAUAUAAACCAAAAAGUUAAACUAAGCCUACCUACAAUAAAUAUUGCAUUACUUGAAAAGAGAAAUGAAAACAUAUUUCGCCAUAAACUCAAUCAACACAUUCCCAAAUUAUAAUAGACGAAUACAAUUACUUCUUGACUUUAGACACAAUCUUAACCAUUAGUGAAUCCAAUGAUAUUUCAAAAUGUGUGUUGAAGUGAGAUAUUACAAUGUAACAGUUAUGGAAAGGGAACCAAAUUGGUUUUAAAAAGCACGCAAAUUUUAAUAAUCAGGUAAAAUAUUGUCUCUAAUACUGUAUUUGGCAAAUUCCUAACAUUUUUUUGGGAAUUACUGACUCUGAGUCAUAGUGACUUUUGUCACUUUAGUAUUUCCUGACCUUUUGUUUUAAUUACUGAUUUUUGGUCAAAUAAAUAAAUGAAAUGAAAUCAUUUAUAUAUGUAGAAGAAUAAUUAUAUAUUUUUCAGUUUUGUUGUAAAAGGUCUAUAAUUAAUGCCCUAGUGAUAAUUAAGCCUACCUGCAAUGCACUGAGCUUUAACAUUGAUCGACUCAGAACAAAAGAAUUAUAGCACAAGAAAGGUGUACCACCAUUAUUUGAUAUAAACGGAAACCACAUAAAAUAUGUGUAAAAAAAAUUCAAAUUUGGUAUGUAUUGUGACCAAAUAAUGUGCCUGCUUCCACUUACACUAGGCCUAUAACUUACCAAUUGUAUGUUUAGAUAUAAUUAUUAAGAUUAUCUAUCCAAAUGUUUGGGAGGAUCGUCAUGGUUAAAUCUAAAGAAUGUCCUACAUGAUUCAAUACAAAUUGAUUUGCUCAUACAAGGAUCAAGCAAGUUAUACGGAGAUCAAAAUACUUAAUUUAGUUUACUCUAAUUAACAGACGUUAAUCGAGAAUUAUCAAACUUUCAGUUGAAAGUUCAUGUUAUUUAUUACAAACUAAAAGAAGAUAUUAUGUAAAUGGUAUAAAAUGUACUUGGCACGGGAAAUUUGCAAGUCUUAUUAAUUUAUGUUUUCAAUGUAUUAAACGUAUGUUUUAAAUUCAAGAUAAAUCAGUUUGUGACUUGAUUUACUUUUCUUUUUCUAUCACACGUGCUGACAUAAUCCAUUCGCGAGUGCUCUACAUUCUAACGAUAUAGUGUCUGACGUCCGGUACUGUAAAUAAACUAAGAGUACACUGUCAUAACUUGAGGGGUAUAAAUUACUUCCUACAAAAAGAAAAAAAAAAGGAAAAUAUUGGAAAUGGGAAAACCAUUUUUUUUCUAAUUAAUAGAAAGGGGAAGUUUAGUCAGGGAUUGGACAUUGCGACUUGAUGGUGAUACUACAGACGAAUAAAAGUGAACGCACCAAAAAUACACGACACUUAGAAAGGACUAGUAUUUUCCAAAAGGUGGUUCUAUUUCUGGCUGUUUACUUACGUUUGCAUUUUAGCUGUUGCUAAUCAAAUAAGAAUCUCUUUCGAGAGCCAGGCGUUGUUUCUCAGAGCAUUGUAGUUUUGCAUUAUAGCUUGACUUUUAUUUUACACAUAAAUGCAUAUAAAUUUUAUCUUUAUCGGACUAUAUUAUUUAUAUAAGCCUAUGUGUGCGUUUUAUUGGCCUGUGGAGAAUCACCAGAAGCAACAAGCCUGAUAGUGCAAUGCAAUGCAAAUUAUUCAUGUUUUUUCUAUUUGAAACUCUCUUGUAUUAUUUACUUAUGUCACAAGUAUAUUGAAAUUACCCUUACACAAAGACUCUUCCUGACAAAUCAUAUUAAAAUCUAUU